AUGCCAAACUCCGCCAAGGGCACUUUCGUCCAAGGCCUGUUAUGGCACCUCCGUAAAUUCACCAAUCUCGAAGCCCUUUUCCAAACCACGUCCCUCUUCCCUCCUCCCCCUCCCACAAAAAAGGCAGAACUCCAAAAAAGCGCAAAGACAAAAAAAGCUUCCAUUAAUGGCGAUCUCAAAACCCUAGCCCUAGAUCUCAGAACCGACGGCGGCGGGAUGAGCAGCCCGAGAUUCUCCGGCAGCAUGACUCGCCGAGGCCAGUCCUUAAAGAAGGGGACGAGCGGCGACCGGAGUCACGAUAUCGAGCUCCAGAUCAACUCUCCGAGGUCCUCCUCGACCUGCGAUAGCCCCACCGCGAGAUCUCCGGCGUCGGAGGCUGCGGCGGUGGAGGAGGCGGAAGAGAGGUGGCAGGUGAACCAGCAGAGGAAUCUGAGGUUUCGAGAGAGGAGAAAGAUUGGGAAUUUGUUGUUCUUGGUGUUUUGUAGUGUUUGCUUGGUGAUUGGGAUUGUAAGGAUCUCUGAUGGUGGUUGGCUUGGACUUAAUGGGAUUGUAGAACGGCGAGGAGAUUAUCAGGAUUUAUCUGUCACCCAAAUUUCUGGUCGACAAGUUCAAUCAUCUUAUGAUCAUGGUCAUAGGGGACUAAGAGAUAGUGAACGAACUCUGAUGACUGUAUCAUCAGGAACAGGUGGAGAUCAAAGUCGUCCAGUUGAGCUCUCAGGUAUAUGGGCCAAGCCAAACAGUGAAAAUUUCACACAGUGUAUUGGUCGCAUGGGUCACCAGAAAAAGCUGGAUGUAAACACUAAUGGCUACCUACUCAUAAAUGCGAAUGGAGGUCUAAAUCAGAUGAGAUUCGGGAUCUGUGACAUGGUUGCUGUUGCUAAUAUCCUUAAGGCAAAGCUGGUUCUCCCUUCACUUGAUCAUUCCUCCUACUGGGCAGAUGAAAGGUUCACAUCACUUCUUUCGCAGUUACUUCAAACUCUGUUAUGGUCUCAUUUUAUUGAGACCUUAAAGAAUGAGGUUCAGAUAGUCGAGAAACUGCCAGCUGCAUAUGAAAAGAUUGAACCUUUUACUAUAACUCCAAUAUCCUGGUCUAAGGUCAAUUACUAUAAAUCAGAUGUCCUGCCACUUCUGAAACAACACAAGGUUGUGUACUUCACCCAUACUGAUUCCCGAAUUGCGAAUAAUGGACUUCCUACAUCUAUUCAGAAGCUGAGAUGCCAUGUAAACUACAAAGCAUUGAAAUACUCAGCUUCAAUUGAAGAGCUGGGGAACACCUUAGUCUCAAGAAUGCGUGAAAAUGGAAGCCCUUAUAUUGCUUUACAUUUAAGAUAUGAAAAGGACAUGCUUGCCUUCACAGGCUGCAAUCAUAAUUUGACAUUUGAAGAAGCCGAAGAAUUGCGUCAAAUGCGCUAUGAAGUCAACCAUUGGAAGGAAAAAGAGAUUGAUGGAGUCGAGAGGAGGAACCUUGGAGGUUGUCCUUUGACUCCAAGAGAAACUUCCCUUCUUCUUAAAGGAUUAGGGUUUCCAUCAAGCACAAGAAUAUACUUGGUGGCUGGUGAAGCCUUUGGAAAUGGAAGUAUGCGAUAUCUGACUGAUGACUUCCCCAAUAUCUACUCGCAUUCAACUUUGUCUACAGAAGAAGAACUCAGUCCUUUCAAAAAUCAUCAGAACAUGCUUGCUGGAUUGGAUUAUGUUGUUGCUCUUCAGAGUGAUGUUUUUAUUUAUACAUAUGAUGGAAAUAUGGCAAAGGCCGUGCAUGGACACAGGCGCUUUGAGAACUUCAGAAAAACCAUAAGUCCUGACAGGUUAAAUUUUGUAAAACUUGUUGAUGAGGUAGAUGGAGGGAAUAUCUCUUGGAAGAAAUUCAGUUCAAAGGUGAAAAAACUACACAGGGACAGAAAUGGCAGUCCAUAUUUUAGAGAGCCUGGAGAAUUUCCAAAGCUGGAAGAGAGUUUUUAUGCCAAUCCUCUUCCAGGUUGUAUUUGUGAAAAAAAACAUAGACCAAAAUAGAAAGGCUUCCAAAAGGCCAUGGUUUUCUCCUCGCAUCCCAUUUCAUGGGACUCUGAUACAUGCACUGAACCAGUUCGGGUAUAUAGAAAUUCUUUCCAGUAGCUGUAGGUGUUAUUUUUCACUCAUAUUUAUCAUACAUUAUCAAAUAUGCCAUUAUUUUGAUUCAAACAAUAGUUAUCUACUGAAGAAAUAGAAUCGUAGCUUUUCAGGGCCUGUACAGUGAAGAGGUUGAAUAUCAUCAUCGUACUUGAAAACUGGAGGUUGAAGGAAUUGCUGCAGCCAAGUCCUUGGAUUGUUGGCUUAACUUGGCUGCUACAGUGAGAAAAAAGAUAUAUACUAUUCUUACUGUACAAUGGGAUCAAGUCUUAAGACAAAUCUAUGCUUAAUCCGCAAGUUCUAAUUUCAUUUCUCAGAAAGAAGAAAGAUGCGCUUAAGAGGAGAUUCUUUUGUGAAUACGGUCAAUUAUAGAAGGAUUUGAUUGUUAUUCAUUAAUGUUAUACAUAAUCGGUUGAUGUAAUUUUGACCAUAGUGUAUUCAAUUUGUUGACAUCUGUGUUUUUUGUUGGAGGAAUACAAUACAAUUGUAUGAAUCUUGUGAUUCUUGUGCAAGUUUCCAGAUAUUAAUGCUUAUGAAUUCUUCAUUUUA